GUCUUUCAGCCUUCACCUCGCUCUCCUCAGCCUUCCAACAAAAAGCCCACUAAAACCCUCCUCCUCUUUUCUUUUAUUCACAAUGUCCGCUCAAAUCUCCGCGUACUUGAACAACACCGGCGACCGCGAUAAGGUCAUGGCCAUCGUGCAGUUCCUGCCCCUGGCCCUCACUGGCCCCGCCAGCGAUGCCGGCUGCGCCUCCCUGAGCAAGUCCCUCGGCAACCUGUCCGCCAUGGCGGAUGGCUACCGUGCGAUUACUCGUCUGGCGCUCCUCUUCAACGCGCUGUCGAAGCCGACGCUGGAGGGGCUCGCGAAGCCGUCGGGUGAUGUGUUGAUCGACCGCGUGGACCAGCUCGGCCACUUCUUCCACGUCUUCUACUGCCUCUUUGAGAACUCGGCCGUGCUGGCCAGCCACGGCGUCUACCCGAAGUCCAUCGCCCGUCUCGGUGGCUGCGCCGUCACCUGCUGGUUCUAUGUGCUGCUGACCGGCCUCAUCCGCGAGGCGUACGUGCUGGCGAAGAAGAAGAACACGCCGGAGGAGCAGAAGCGCCACAUCAUCACGACGGUGAAGCUCGGCUGCUUCUUCAUCUUCUCCAUGACGUGCAUCCCGAAGGGCGGCCCGCAGCUGCUGGAGAACGUGAGCGGCCCGCUGGUGCCGCUGCACAAGGCACUGCAGCUGAUCGCGCCGAAGCACCUGCCCCUCAACGACAGCAUUCGUGGUCUGCUCGGCCUGAUUGCUUCCAUCUGCGACUUCUACUAA